CUCUAACCAUUUUAAGAUAACAAACGGAGAUUGCACAAAGCCAAAAUGCACCACGUGCAUUGCAGCAUUCCUGUAAGAUGAUGAUGAUGACGACAGUGACGCAUUGGAAGAUACAUUCGCCUGUCCUGACAUCACGGAUGACGCAAUCCACCCGCGGACUUCCCACUCCAGAACAACCAUCUCGAUCCAGCACCCGUCUAUAACUAAAAAUCCAAUCCGCCCAACACGUGAUCGCUCGAUCGGCAGAGGCGCGACGACGAUGGCCGCCGCCGCCGCCGGAGGAGGAGGAUCACCGGAUCACGAGCUGAAGCUGCUCGGCAGCACGAACCCUAGCCCGUUCGUCACCAGGGUGGAGCUCGCCCUCGCCCUGCGAGGCCUCACCUACGACCUCGUCGCCGUCGACCUCGACCGCAAGACCGACCUCCUCCUCGCCGCCAACCCCGUCCACGCCAAGGUCCCCGUCCUCAUCCACCGCGGCCGCCCCGUCUGCGAGUCCCGGGUCAUCCUCGAGUACAUCGACGACGCCUUCCCCUUCCCCGGCGGCGGCGGCGCCCCGCUCCUCCCCCCCGCCGACGACCCCCUCGCCCGCGCCGCCGCCCGCUUCUGGGCCGCCCACGUCGACGACGAGUUCGUGGCGUCGUGGAGGCCGGCGUACCUGGGGAGCACGGAGGGGGAGAGGGCGGAGGGGAUGGCGCGGAUGGCCGCCGCGGUGGGGGCGCUGGAGGGGGCCCUCGCCGCCGCGGAGGGGAAGCCCUUCUUCGGCGGCGACGCCCCGGGGCUCGUCGACGUCACGCUGGGGUCGGUGAUCCCGCGGACGAGGGCGAACGAGGCGCUCACGGGGACCAGGGUGCUCGACGCCGCCAGGACGCCGCUGCUGGCGGCGUGGGCGGAGCGGUUCGGCGAGCUCGACGCCGCCAGGAAGGUGCUCCCGGCCGUCGGCGACGUGGUCGAGUACCUGGAGACGAGGCUCCGGAGGAGUAAUGUGGUUAUCGCUAGGAAACAGUAGUGGAGGUUGAUCGAUUAAAUUAAAUUAGCUGCUGCUGCUGAUUGGUUUUGGUUGACUUGGUAUGUGAGUCGGAUUAAUAAUGCAA